AUGAUAUUAUGUGCAGAUGACCUUGUAUUAUUGACAAACAACGAGGAAGAAUUGAGGAAUAAAAUUAGUAUAUGGAAGAUGACUAUGGAAGCAAAGGGCCUGAAAAUGAAUGCAGUAAAGGCAAAGGUGAUGAUUAAUGGGGAUAAUCUGAAAGCGAAGGAAUCCGGCAAAUGGCCUUGUUAUGUACGUGGGAUAGAAGUUGCUAGAAAUUCAAUCCAAUGCACCAGAUUCCAGAAAUGUAUGCAUAAUAAAUGUAGCGGGAAAAAAGGAAGUCUGAUGUUAGCAAGAAUGACCUUUAUUUGUAGAACAGAUGGUGGUGUAGAUUCUGCUGUUGCUGCAAGAUCGGACAAGCACGGAAAAAGUUUAGAGAUAUCGUCUAUUCUACCAAAUAAAAAUGUCACUCUGAAGUUAAAGGGGAAAGUUUAUGUAAGCUGUCUGAGGAGUUGUUUAGUUAAUGGUGGCGAAACAUUGUCAAUGAAAGUGGCCCACGAAGCUAAAUUGGAAAGAACAGAGAUGAGGAUGAUUAGAUGGAUGUGUGGGGUAUCUCUGAAGGAAUUGCGAGCAAUAAUGGGAAUAGAGGUGAUUGGAGUGGUAAUGAGAUAA